AUGAGUGACACCAAUGGCGGGGUGGACUAUGCUCUCUAUCGUUAUACUCCCUCAAUGCCUGCAGCGGUGAUAUUUGCAGUGAUAUUCGGCCUACUUGCGGCUAUACAUCUGCUCCAAUUGAUCAAGCAUCGCUCAUACUUCUUCGUCCCCUUCCUGAUCGGCCUUCUCUUGGAAUGCGCAGGAUACAUUGUGCGUAUCUUUUCUCACUUCGAUACCAAAGCGCUGGGCCCGUACAUUGUGCAAACUAUGUUGAUUCUCGUGGCGCCUCCUCUUUUCGCCGCAUCGAUCUACAUGACUCUCGGUAGAAUCAUUGUCAAACUUGGGACCGAGGAUAUGUCUCUCGUGCCAGUCAGGUUCCUGACCAAAAUAUUCGUGGUUGGGGAUGUGAUCUCCUUUUUGCUACAAUGUGGAGGUGGUGGAUACAUGGCUGCUGGAACUUUGUCUGCAAUGGACACGGGGGCCAAUAUAGUCAUCGGGGGUCUAGUUAUUCAACUGCUCUUCUUCGGAUUCUUCGUUGUUGUCUCGGCAAUUUUCCACUGGCGUGUGAAGAAGCGAUCAGAGUAUCGCCAACUCUCUCCAGCUGCGGACUCUCGGAGCCCGAAAACCAAGAUGACCUGGGAGUCUAUCAUGUGGGCACUCUAUAUUGCCUGCUUGCUUAUUCUUGUGCGGUCCAUCUUCCGUGUGGUGGAGUUUGUGGAAGGAAACGAUGGGUUCAUCAUGAGGAGAGAGUACCUUCUUUACAUUUUCGAUGCAUGUCUCAUGGCGUUGACCGGUGUUGUUUUGGGUCUUUGCCACCCUGGUUCUCUUUUGACGCAGGAUCGCAAGAGAGACUCUGAGAUGUCGCUCUACCCGAGCACUCACGGUUGA